GGUGCGAAGAGGAGAUUCCGUUGGAUCACGGAUGGAUCCUAGAUCACUGCGGAGAACCUGAAGCGCAACAGGCGGUGGUUAUCGCGAUCUGGACGCCGGCCGCCGACGGUGAAAGCCCCGGAAAAGCGGCGCAAUUUUCGCGGCCCCGAAGCUUGCUUAGGGUUUCGAGUGCAGCGCGGACGGCCGAAGGAAAAGGGGGACAGCGUGAUCUAGAGUGGCCCAUUUCCCUUAUCACGAUAAAGCGGUAGUGUGCCGCUACAGAGGCCGCACUGACGGAGCACGAAGCGUACGCGGCCGGCCGCUUCAGGGUGGUGACUCAUUUCCACGUACGAUCAGUCUACCCGUGGAUCGUAGCAGCGAUGUAUCGAACGCCGUUUUCGUUUUCGUUUUCGUUCUCGUCCUUCGCCUCCUCCUCGUCCUGCACCCGGCUGAUCCAGUGAGUCUUGUCGCCGCCGUUUCCGGAUCCCAUCCCCGUCGCCGCCUCGAGGAAACAUGGACGUCGAGCUGGUCACCCGCGCGUCCUUGAACUCUCUGCAGGUCGUGGACGACGGACGAAUCGUCUCGCCGAACAGCUUCGACGAGUGGACCUGGACCAGCUUAAGAGAACAGUUCAAAUACAAGGGCUUAGAGAAGCUGUUCACGGUUUACCAAAGGAGACUUCAGUAUGGUUAUCUGUCGCUCUUCGUUCUGCUACAAUUGGUGCUCGGUACAACGUAUUGUUUGAUCCUGGUUACAAUGGUCAGCGUCGAGAACUGCGUGCCAGACGUGGUCGUCUGCAUCGUUGGCAGCGCGUUGCUAUGCCCGGUGAUAGCCCUGUCCUUCCGGUCGAAGAUCAUCGCUAAGAACAGCUACAUGCCGGUGAUGUUGUCCUGUCUGAUCGUGAUACUGCUGGUGGUCGGCGACCUAGCCGUGCCCAUUUACUACACCCUCACCUACACGGAGGACAAACCGAUAAGACCAGCGUACGCGACGCAGGCAUUGCUCGCCUGUUACGUCUUUCUGCCGCUCACGGAGAAUCUGCACGCUUUCAUACUCGGGAUCACGGCCACCAUAUGCUACCUGGCCGCGCUCUCGUUAAUCACUUACAGCAACACGUCCGAUUACGUUACCAAGAUCAUCACAGACACGAUCUAUUUCAUUUGCGUGAACGGCCUAGGAUUGUACUUCAGGUUCAUGAAUGAGGUCGUCAUCAGGCGGUCCUUUCUCGAUCGCCGGAAGUGCGUUGAGUCGACGCUCAGAUUGAACUACGAGAAAGAUCAGGAAGAACAACUCACGCGAAGUAUAUUGCCGCAACAUAUAGCCGCUAAAAUUAAGAAAGAAUUCAGGGACGUGUUCAAGUUCAUCGAGGAUCACAAGCAGCCUCCACCUAAAGGGCGACCUCACAGCGAUCUGUGCGUCGAAACGCACAACAAUGUGAGCAUUUUAUACGCCGAUGUGGUGAACUUCUCUGGACUGACUGUCACCCUGCCGGUUCGCAAGCUAGUGGAAACGCUGAACGAUCUAUUCGGCAGCUUCGACGAAGCUUCCGAAAGACACAACGUUCUGCGAAUCAAAUUCCUGGGUGACUGCUAUUAUUGCGUGAGUGGGGUGCCUACACCGAACUCGCAGCAUGCCAAGAGCUGCGUGGACCUGGGACUGGACAUGAUAAAAAUCAUAAGAGAGGUGAGAGCAAGGGUGCGCCGAGAAAGCGGCGUGGACGUGAACAUGCGGAUAGGCGUUCAUUCGGGGAACAUAAUAUCUGGGAUCCUGGGUGCCAACAAGUGGCAGUACGAUGUCUGGUCACGCGAUGUGGUUAUAGCCAAUAAAAUGGAGCAAACCGGGAAGCCCGGCAAGGUGCACGUGACGCAACAGACGCUGGAUCUGGUGGACGCGACCGAGUACGACUGCGUACCGGUCGAGUCCUUGAACGACGAGAUUCUGAAAAAAUACGAGAUUCGCAGCUACUUGAUCACGCCGUCGAUUCCCGACGAGCCGUUGCCUAAGCAGAACAGCGAGAACACCUUGGGAGUCAUGACCCCGGACUCCCCUCCGCCGAUGGCCAACAAGCAUUACGUGCGGUUCUACAAUGUUCGAUCGAGCAGCGUCACUGCCGCAACCAAAAACAGCAGACGGCUGACGGCUACUAUGACGAAUCACGUCGACGUACUGGCCAGCACUUAUAGGCGACGCACCCAUUUCAUGGACUCGUGCCUGAAAGACUAUCACCUGAUGCUGAAAGCCGCGGACGCCGAGAUGGAGACCGCUAUCAAGCAAAUGCCUCUCACCAAGUGGGAACAAUGGUGCAAAUGGGAACAUAUAAACCCGUUACUGCUAACGUUCCGUCAGUGGAGCUGGGAGAUACCGUUCCUAAAGGAACCGGAUCCCCUUUUCAAGUUUUACGUCAGCUGCACCACCUUCGUAUUGAUCUUUAUGGGACUCAUUUAUUUGGUACCUACGCUUUCUUUUUCCGAGUGGCACGUAAGCACGGCAAUCAGCUAUGCAGUAGCGAUGUUGUUUCUGAUCGUUCUGAUGCCUAUCGUCUGGAUGCAUUUCGCGUGGAACCGGUACCAGGACCCGCACGACGAGCACGAAAGUCACGUUCCCCAUCCACGCAAUAAGAUCUUGUGCUUCUUGUAUCAGACCAGCGUGAAGGUUGUCUGGAGCGCGUAUCUCAGGAUGAUACUUUACUUGGUCAUAACGAUUAUGUUAGCUGCGUGUGCCAUGUUCGAUAUGAUUUUCGAAUGUAAGGACGAGGACGAUCUUGCUAGUAAUAAUAUAACAUCGAGCAUAUCGGAGCCGGGUGCUGCUAAACUCAAAUGUACAGCUACACCCUGGCAAAUGACACAAACCUGUUCCCUGGCGAUUCUAACGAGCUUUUUGUUUCUGAGAGUCCAUUAUCUCUUAAAGCUAGCGAUAGGUAUCGCCGUAGUGGGAUUUUACUCUGGAAACGUUUGGAUGCACCGUUCGAAUUUGUUUCAGUCGGGUGAAAGAUUAAAUCCUUACUUGGAACCAAGAUUGGCGCAUAUUUUGAGUGUAGUUUUCCUCACGUUCUCGUUGCAUCUCAUCGAUCGUCAGGCAGAGUACUUGAGCAGGUUGGAUUACAUUUGGAAACGACAGUUGACGAAGGAACAGGACGAAGCGUUCCACACUAGAAACGCGAACAAACUGCUACUCCGUAAUAUCUUGCCAGAACACGUUGCGGAGUUCUAUUUAAACAUGAACAGAACCGAAGAAAACGAACCGUACCACGAAGCGCAUAAUAACGUAGCGGUCAUGUUCGCUUCGAUCACGGACGUAAGCAUCGAUGAGAGCAACAUUCUGGCGGACCUUAACGCAAUAAUUUGCGAAUUUGAUAAAUUACUAUUCCAAUCUCCAUUCGUUUGUCAAAUCGAAAAGAUCAAGAUUGCUGGUACCACCUAUAUGGCAGCUUGCGGAUUACAAGCCUCUCGACGUGAUUCGAUGCACAGCACGGAAAGCGAAGACGUGUUUUAUGACAAUGUAGUGAAAGUGAUGGCUCAGUUCGCAGCUGAAAUGAUAGCAGUCCUUGACAAGCUGAAUGCUAGACUGUUUUAUAUGUCUAAACCUUACAGGUUAAGAAUUGGAAUAUCUCAUGGAGAAGUGACAGCAGGCGUAGUGGGUGCUCAAAAGCCGUUGUAUGAUAUUUGGGGUGAUCCUGUGAAUAUGGCGUCAAGGAUGGACACAACAGGUCUUCCGGGACAGAUACAAAUAACGGCGGACACCGCUGCGGUCCUCGAGCAACAGGGCGUCAAGUGUCAUCUUCGAGGAGCAACGUACGUGAAACCAAAAGGCUUCGUAACAACAUACUUCGUAGGCCUCGACGGCCACCGGAAUCUCCUGCGAACUGAUUCUAUCGAAGAAACCAGCCUGUGAUUCGAUCACUGAAUUGACAUUUAGAUAAAGUCCACCUGUCUUGGUCGUUGUAACCAUGGUGGUCCGACGAAUCAUGUGAGAAGUGGGAUAUUUUGUGUUUAGGCAAACACAGAGGGAUAGUAGAUAAACCAAAGAAAAAUCCGAGAGACCAAAGAGCGUGGCGAGAAAUACAGUUGUCGACUGUAAUUCUGUGUUGAAUAUACCUCAAAGCUUACUCAAGUGAUCAUCGAGAGUUUGUAAUUCAGAUGCGUACAUCUGAGCUCUGUCAACCAGCAAAACUUUAAUAGCGUCUUUUUACACGGAGAUCGAAAAUGAUUUUAUCCAACGCUAUGUUUUUACGAGGAACGCUGAGCAUCAAAGCGGGGAAUCUUCCAACAGUGUUUUCCAACGUGCAAAGAUAUCAUUUUCCAUGGAAGUGUACUCCUGAGUAAAAAGCCGAUAUUAUAAUCACUGGAUAUCACACACACUAUUUAAAACACCAGGAUGGAUGUAAUGUACAUAAACGAACGAGCGUUUUGUAGACGAUGACACUUGGAAAACGCUGCACUCCAAACGAUGCACAAUCCAGUUGAAAGUACGAUGUAACAAUCGGUGAUAAAAACAUCUGUGUGGGCGGCAGACAUUUUCGAUGUAAAGAUAGGAGAAAAAAAUUAGUCGAUGUCUAGAUAUAAAAAAUGUAAAAAUACUCUGAAAAUACAGUCGUCGAGUACUUGGAACUGAAUUUACAGUAUUUUUAAAAUAUGGCCAAUACAUGAAGUAUUUGAAUGUUUCAAAAGAAACAUACCGAAUAUACGUACUUACAUCUUUUUUUUACUAUUUGUAGUAUUGAGAAUUUUGCUUCAAUUUGAAGCAGUCAUAUUUUCGAGCAUUCCGUGACAAUUUGGAAUACAUUUUUAAGCAUAUCAUUUCGAUAGAAAUUACUUAAUUCGAAUUUUAAUACUCUUAAUAUGCGAGUUUAAAAUUAUACACUCCGAUUCAAUUAAUCGAUAAACGUAAACUGAAAAUGCGAUCGGCUAAUUCCUUUUCUCCUUUUCUCUUUUCUUGCUUUCAUCCUCUUCCCCCACCCCCUCACACAAACACACAACACACACACACCUCAUUCACUCUCCCUAUCUCUCUUUCUCUCUCUUCCACUCUGUCCCUCACUUUAUCUUUCUCUCUUUUUCGCUCGCAUGUGUAAUUUUCUGUAGACGAGAAUUCGAUGCAUAGUGAUUCAAGAGAUAAUCAAAACGAAUAUGAUACUUUAUUUAUAUCGGUGCAUGCGAACGAUAACGACGUUUUUUAACUGUAUGUUAAAUGUAUGUAUGUAUGUAUGUACAAUGUACCGUAUUCGGUAAUGAAAUAGUAAUUAGUUCGAAAUAUUUAUUAACGUAAACUCCCGCGGGAUCAUGACAGUAGCUGAAUGUUUUAAAAAUCCAUCCGUAAGGCAUUUCCAUGAUAUAUGCGAAAGCUUUACUAUUAAAGGUGCUGGUAGACCUCAAGCGUAGCCUUGAGAAGCCUGAAUGACUCUAAGCUUUCUUUCAUUCACGUCGAAGAAAAAGAUGCAUACGAAUACGUUUCAUUCAAAUUGUGAUUAUGUUCUUUUUCAAAUUCAACAUUCAACGAUCAUAAACCCGCGAAUUUCAAUUUCAAUUUUUUCAAAUCGCUCUUUCCGCGCGAUAGUCGACGUAUGUAGAAAUACAAUACACAUUCGAUAUCGCUAUGUAUUUUCGUUUCGCACAAUUCUCAAGAAUAACACAACAAUUUUUUAUACAGUAAUUAAUCAUUUUCUUAAACAAUUCUCCUUCGUAUAGCGUAAUUUAGAUAUGCGUUUUCGUAAACAAAGUUUACCAUCCCGCUCAUAAAUAAAAAUUUAAUUUUUAUUUUUCUAUCGAUUACGUUAUUUAGCGCGAGGAACGCGCAUUUUUCCGUGUAAAUAUUUUUGUACAUAUAUUUUUUAACUAUUAGACAUAACGACCAAUGUGAUUUCUCCGACGAUUUGAAUAAAGUAUUUAUUACUACGUGCAUAUAGGAUAUAAAUAUCAUUUGUAAACAGACAUGGGCGAGCCUUGUAAAACAGUUUUCGUCGAAAUAAUUCUUCGAUCGAAUAAAAAAUCUUAUGACAUUGA